AUGUCUGUCUUCUCACUCGAAGUAGAGAAAGCAAACCCAGUAACCGCGGAAGUUCUCGACGAUAGCUUGCGGGCACUGGGUGUUACGAUCAAACCGGAGGAGAAAGAUGAGUACCAGAGGCUUCUAGCCGUGUUCCACGAAUCCGUCGUGGGUCUUAUGUCACUCCCUGACUAUGUACCUCCAAUAGAUGAGGAAAGAUUCCCAAGAGAGGAAAUCCGAUUCCCGGAUGCUUCGGAGAACCCUUUGGGUGCCUGGGCUUGGAGAUGCCGGGUAGAGGACAAGAUGAAAAGUGGAGGAAUCCUAGCCGGCAAAACGGUAGCCAUAAAAGACAACAUCGCAGUCAAGGGCGUUCCGAUGCUUAUAGGAACUGACUUUGUCAAAGAUUACGUUCCAAACACAGACGCAACAUGUGUUACAAGACUGCUAGAGUCCGGUGCAAUCAUAUCUGGAAAGUCCGUGUGUGAGAACAUGUGUCAUUCCGCUACAAGUAGCUCUUCUUCAACUGGGCACGUACAUAAUCCCUAUGCCAAGGGCUACAGCAGCGGCGGCAGCUCGAGUGGCUCAGGGGCACUUGUCGCCAAUGGUGACGUGGACAUGGCUCUUGGCGCCGACCAAGGUGGUUCGAUUCGUGUUCCUGCCGGAUGGUGUGGGCUGUACGGUCUGAAGCCGACAUUUGGACUCGUACCCUACACUGGUUGUGGCUCAAAUGAGCCUACCAACGACCAUGUCGGGCCUAUGACACGAACACUUCUCGACAACGCGCUAAUGCUUCAGGCUAUUGCAGGCAACGAUAACAUCGAUGACAGAUCGUUCGCAGCACCGAGCCCAGACAACGUGCCCAGGUACUAUGACAACUUGACUAAGCUCGCGAACCCGAAAGAUCUGUCAGGCGUGAAAAUCGGCAUUCUAGUAGAAGGUAUGAACCAACCAUCCGUGGAACCUCGCGUCAAGGCCUGCGUCGAGGCGGCGAUUGAGGAUUUCAGGAAUCUUGGGGCGACCGUGGAAGAAGUUUCGAUUCCCUUCCACUCCAAAGGAGCAGCUGUAUGGACUGCCGUCAGCAAAAGCGGAGGGUACUUGGCGAAACGAAACCUCGCAUUCGGAAGAAGAGGCCACAUCAUGACCGACUUGACGGAGAAGUUCCAAAAUCUCACGCAGGAACAGUGGGACAACGCAUAUGUUUCGUCAAAGAACAUCUACCUUAACGGCAUCUACGCUCAGGCAGCGUUUCCAGGGUUGCUCGGCAAAGCAACGAAUCUUAGCAGAAAGUUGCGAGACGACUAUGACAAUGCUCUGCGAGAAUUUGAUGUUUUGGUGACGCCGAACUUACCCUACGUUGCCAAUUCCCAUACUCCGUAUGACGCAUCUCCGCUCGAGAAGAUUGGAAAGCAGGUCGGAUUGACUGCUAAUACUGCCCCAUUCAAUCAAUCGGGCCAUCCAGUUCUGGCUAUGCCGAUUGGCAUGCUUCCGAUUGAGGAGGGUCCUCUGCAAGGCUCAGGAACAAAACUGCCGGUGAGCAUGCAGGUUAUUGGCAAAUGGUGGCACGAAGAGGAUGUGUAUCGAGUUGCAUAUGCCUGGAGCUUAGAGUACGAUUGGAAGACCACUUGAUGGCACGCAAGGAAACGACACAAUUGAUAUGUGGCAUCGUGGACUCUAGGCGAGGGCUUGUGCUAGUGGGAAUUAGCAGAGAGAAUUGGAGCAUCGAGAGG